AUGCCCCUCAGCCAGGCCGACGCCGACAUGUCCAACGGUCAAGAUGGUCACGCCCACCCGCCGGCGUCCCUGAAGAAGGGAAAGCAGAAGAAGGCGGUCGACUCGAACGAGUCUGCAAAGCUGCUCGCGCAACGCAUCUCGCAGCUAGAGCAAGAAUCAGCUGGAGAGAAGGAUCAGGAAGCUGAGAUUGGUCAUGGCCACGAUGAUCACGGUCACGGUCAUGGUCAUGGUCAUGAUCAGGCGCAGGUGGGAGCCUCUCGUGCCGGCGAGCGCGAGGUCAAGCGUGCGAACCGCGAUUUGGCCCAACAGGUGGCAAAGAUGAGCGAUCUGCAAAAGAUUGAGCACCUCACCCGUCGGUCCAGCGAACUGCUAGCCGACAUGCGCCGUGUGGAGCGCGAGAACCAGAAGAACAAGAAACGUGGAGACGCCCUGCAAAAGGAAAAGGAUGCGAAUCGCACCGAGCUGAGCAAGACGGUCGGCCUGAAGGAGAAGCUCGAGAAGCUCUGUCGCGAACUGCAGCGGGACAACAACAAGUACAAGAACGAGAACAAGACCCUCCAGGACAACCUGAAGCACAACAGCUCUGCGUACGAUGAGAAGCACGCGGCCCUGCUUGCCAAGCUGGAGGGGAUUCAAGAAGAAAAGGACCAUCCGCGGAAGCAGGUUGUGGACAUGAGCGUUGACACCUUAUUCAAGAACCGGUUCAAGUCCUUCAUUGAGCAGUACGAGUUGCGUGAGCUGCACUUCCACUCCACGAUGCGCACCAAGGAGCUGGAGGUGCAAUACAACAUGGCGCGCUACGAACGAGAGAAGAAGCUCGCAGAGGCCGAGUCGACGAGAGCGCGGAAUCUCCAGGCGCAGGUCCAGACCUUUACCAAGACGGAGACGGAGCUUCGGAAUCAACUCAACGUCUACGUUGACAAGUUCAAGCAGGUUGAGGACACGCUCAACAACAGCAACGACCUCUUUCUCACGUUUCGGAAGGAAAUGGAGGACAUGUCCAAGAAGACGAAGCGGCUGGAGAAGGAGAACGAGACGAUGAAGCGCAAACACGAGGCGACGAAUGCCAACAUCAUCCGCAUGGCCGAGGAGCGCGAGGACUGGCGCAAGAAGGCGGCCGAGGCGAUCAAGAGAGCCGAGAAGCUUAGAAGCAUUAUCGAGCAGAUGCAGCAGCAGGGCCGCAAGGUUCCGCCCGGAGCAGCGGCGACACUGGAGAGUUGCUACUCGGACAGCAACGGCCACAUGGACGGGGACGGCAGCGACUACUCGGACGACGAGGAGGAGGAGGGCGAGGAGGAUCCGAGCGAGUUUGACGAUGAUACGGAGGAGGAGCCCCAGCCUGGAGAGCCAGAACCCCCCAGACCCUACGGUCCAGAGAGACCACCAGAAUCCGGACAGAGCGUUUCGGGGGCUACACCGGUGGGGCCUGUGUUCGAUGCCCAGUCCACCAGCGAGACGGCCGCCAUCUUGCCCAUGUGGCAUCACAAGAAGAAGCACGUGUCUCUCAAGCAGAAGACUGGCCGUGUUCUUUCACGAGUCGGGCAUUUCUGCCAGGCAAAGAUGAAUGCGCUGUUAUUAGCAGCGUUCGGCGUCUGUAGUGGUUCGGAAUACAAUCAAUCUCCACGUGCUUUUGUUUGGCAGAGUUUACAGAGUCUCGGGGACUGGGUCUCACCAGAGGCUAAGCCACAGUUGGUCAGCAACCUGGCGGGAGGUCUGCAAUUUCCCCGGAUCCACAAAGUCAAUCCCACCCAAAGGUGCCUUGGGGGUGCCUUAUCCGUCCAGAAAGUCUGCGAUAAGGGGCUACCAGCCACAGAUACACCCGCACCCGCAGCUGCAGCGAACCCCAAGGGCCCCCGAGGGAGUGCCACCCUGACUGCCUACGCCUGCGCCUGCGCCUGCGCCUGCGCCCGCGCCCGCCUGCUGCAACCAGCGGAAUGCCGCGCCGAUCGUUUAAAAAUCCGCUUCCUUCCCUUUGGUUCCCUUCUUGAUGCCCGCGACGUCAUCCCUCGAGACCCUGCAGCAGCCAUCACCACCAUGGCCUUCUUGGAGGACCCGCGGCUGCGCCAGCGAUGGAACCAAAUCUCCCACAACGCCGGCGAGGUGACGGAGAACGCCGCCGCCGGCAUCUGGAGCUUCCAGCACCACUACAUCAACCCGUGUCUCGCCUCCCUCGCCGCCUCCCUGGAGCAAUGCGCCAACCCGUGUCUCGGCGACCGCGAGGAGCGGGCGAGGAGGCGACGGGAACGAGAUCGCGCGGGCGGGAGGGCCGAAUACAGCUUCGACUUUUACGACGACUGGUACGCCGAGGGCCAGGACGGAGGGUUCCUGGGCGGCUGGGGCAACGACGACUGGGACCGCCUGCUCGCGGGCACGGGGUCGCAGCAGAAGAACAACACGGGGGGCGGCGAGGUGCAGCAGGAUCAACCGAAACGAAAACGCGGCAUGAGCUACGGCACGCGGGGCAGAGGGAGCAAGGCGCUCGAGUCCGAUCCGACGGUGAUCCCCAGCACGCAGCCCAUUGGGUUCCUGGGCAAGCUGCCGUGGAAGCUGGGCAAGACGCUCCGCUACAAGCCGAGCGCGGCGGAUUUGCAGGAUCACCCGCGGCAGCACGGCGAGAUGGGCAUGGGCGAGACGGAGCCGCUGCUUGCGCACGAUUCUGAUGACGACGAUGAUAACGACGGCCACGACGUCUUCCAGAGCCGGACCGCCAAGACUAGAAAUCGCAGCGGGACGACGGGGUCCGGGGUGUCGUCGGAUUCGUACCGGUCACGGGGCGACUUGUUCCCCAGCGACGGCGAGGGUGAGGAGGACGCCGUGCCGUUUGACGACGAGUUCAUGGUCCUGGACAAGGUCCGAGACGACCGCAGCAGCAGUAGGACAAAGGCGAGCAAGGGCAAGCGGCGGGCCGACGGACGGCCCAUAUCGCGGACGGUGUCGAGGGCGACGAUCGAUUCCAGCCAUUCCAUGCUCGGUCCCAGCGUGCGGCGGAGCUCGACGAGCGGACCCACGACGCCGGAUACGCCCGUCGCGCCGUCCAUGGAGGCCUCGAUGGAGGAGCUGCAGAGGGAAGAGGAGCGCAUCAGGAGAGAGGAGGACGACGAGGUCGAACGCAAGCGGCAGGCGGCGCUGCAGCUUGCGUCGGAACGGGGGCUGCACGAAGCCGGGGAGGAGCCGACGUCCGAGGAGCGGGCAGCGUCCGAAGUGGAUUACGCCAAAAGUGACGAGGUGGACUACGUGUCAGACUCUCCGAGUCAAAGAUCGCCGCCGAGGUCUACGCACGGCGACGACGCGCCCGUCAUCCGGUCCACCACGCAAGAGCAGUACAUACGGACCGAGGAGUUCGUCCCGGCGCGUCUACCGAGCUUUCGAUAG